CGGACCGUGCGCGUAAACCAGUCAGCCGACUGACCCGAUUACACCACGCCGGCUGCUGCGGCUUUCGACCGGCGAGUCCAGCGGAUUCCCGCGCCACGUACCCUGUCCCCCCUCCUCCACGCCCCUCCCAACCCUUCGCGGCCGUACCCCCUCCUACGGCUCCCCUCCACUGCCAGAGUGGUGCUGGAGCACGUGGCGCGCGAGUUGCAGAAGCACCGCCGCUUCGCGAAGCGCAGUGUCUACACGGCUGCCGCAACACGCAGCGGCAGGUGUUAGUAAACCCCGACGCUUCCACUGCAAUUCCUAAAAUGCACGUUUUGGACUGCACACUGCUGACAGGAGCAUCAUACUUUGUUUCACUGUAAGAGAAGGCGAAGUGAUCCAAUUUAAUUCCUGGCGAUUUUGAACAAAUGGGUGUGCACAGUAUGUUGGCAGCAACUGAACGUUAUUUUGAUAAGCUGUAGAUCUCUCUCUUGCUUUGUCAUCGAAAACGACUGCAGACUGAAAUGCCUAGGAGACAAUUCUUAACACCGAGCAACUACUACGUCAGUAGCUUUUUUUGCUGGUAUUACUAGCUCUGCGAUACAUCUCCACCUGGCAAUGUGCUAGAUUAACAAUAGUGACGACGCUAGACGCUUGCAGCAUAUAUUGGGUAGCAGACCUGUUUCAGUGAUGCUGGAGAGAUAGCUAGGAGGGAAAUAGCUACAAAGAAAAGACCUCCGCACAGUUGUAUUACUGUCGAAUAGAAGCGAAAAAGUGCUAAGCUGUUUACAACGCACAAUGCGUCGGAGUUGAUCAUGGGAAGGGCAGAGACAGUAUACAGAGUUCUGCAGCGUAGUUUGAGAUAGGUGUGAACCCCUGGAAUGCUGGGAACUCGGCGAAGAGCGUGCUGAGCGGUGUGCCAUGGAGGACGCCAAGCGUUCCUCCGCCAACAAUGGUUUUCUGCGCGACGCGGAGAAAGAGACACUGCUGAGGGACGGUGGGUCGAGGCCUGCGGCCGGCGGAGGCGGCGCGCCUGCCCCCGCAGUCAAGUACGCUCCCGCGGGGGCGGUUGGAGCGGCAAGCGUCGUAGUGGUGACGGCGGGAGGCGGCGCCGGCGCCGGCGGAAGCGGAGGCGGCGGCCACACGGUGCUGGAGCGUUGCCUCGCGGCUGCCGUGUUAGCGCUGUUCGUCGCCUGCCUCGCCUUCUUGGCGCUCGCCGCGCUAUCUUGGUCCUCCUGCCAGCGCACAGAUGAGACGAGUAACAUCUGUCUCACCGAGGAAUGCGUGCGGACAGCAUCGUCGCUGCUGGCCGCCAUGGACCGCUCGGCCAACCCGUGCGUGGACUUCUUCCAGUACGCGUGCGGCACGUGGAACAAGAAGCACGUCAUCCCGGAGGACCGCAGCAGCAUCAGCACGUUCGAGGUGCUCGCUGAUCAGCUGCAGGUCAUCCUCAAAGGGGUACUCGAGGAGCCCAUCAACGAGCUGGACAGCGAGGCGACGCAGAAGGCUAAGCGCUUCUACAACUCCUGCAUGAACAUCCAGCAGAUCCGACGUCUGGGGGACGAGCCGCUGCGCGGGGUGCUGCGCGCGCUGGGCGGCUGGCCCGUCACCGACGAGCAGUGGGCGCCGCCCGCCUUCAGCGUCGAGGUGCUGCUGGGCCGCCUGCGCGGAGAGUACAACGAGGGCGUCCUCAUCGAGCAGUGGGUCGGCCCCGACGACAAGAACUCCUCCGUCAACAUCCUGCAGCUGGACCAGAUGACGCUGGCGCUGCCGAGCCGCGACUACUACCUGAAGGCGAGCUCGGAGGGCGACCUGCGCGCCUACCACCGCUACAUGACCGAGGUGGCCCUCCUGCUGGGCGCCAACGCCAGCCGCGCCGCCACCGAGCUGCAGAGCGUCAUCGACUUCGAGCGCCGCCUCGCCAACGCGUCGCUGCCGGAGGCGGACCGGCACGACACGAGCGCCAUCUACCGCAAGCUGACGCUGGCCGAGCUGCAGGCCGAGGUGCCGCAGCUCAACUGGCUCGAGUACCUCAACGCCUUCCUCGAGACCGACAUCGACGACCAGGAGCCCGUCGUCAGCUACGCCAUGCCCUACUUCAUCGAGAUGGGCCGCAUCCUGCAGGAGACUGAGCGCAGGGUGAUCCACAACUACGUGCUGUGGCGGCUGGUGAUGGACAUCAUGCCGCACAUGAUCGACGACUACCAGCAGAAGCGCGUCGAGUUCCGCAAGAUCCUGCUGGGCAUCCUGAGCGAGCGCAACCGCUGGAGCCAGUGCGUCGAGUGGACCAACAAGAAGCUCGGCAUGGCCGUCGGCGCGCUCUUCAUCCGAGACAACUUCAACCACGAGAGCAAGGAGACGGCGCUGGAGAUGAUCCACACGAUCCGCGAGGCGUUCAACGAGCUGCUGGCCGAGAACCACUGGAUGGACGACGAGACGCGAGCCGUCGCCAAGGAGAAGGCGGACGCCAUGAACGAGCGCAUCGGCUACCCGGAUCUGCUCACAGACCCCGACGAGCUCAGCAAGGAGUACGUCAUGCUGAACGUGACGGAGGACCAGUUCCUGGUGAACAUCCUGAACGUGCUGCGGUACGACGCCUACCACAACCUACAGAAGCUGCGCCAGCCCGUCAACAAGGACAAGUGGUCCACUGAGCCCGCCGUCGUCAACGCCUUCUACAACCCCAACAAGAACGAUAUAGUGUUCCCGGCGGGCAUCUUGCAGCCGUUGUUCUACAGCCAGCACUUCCCGAAGUCGCUCAACUACGGCGGCAUCGGAGUCGUCAUCGGCCACGAGAUCACGCACGGGUUCGACGACAAGGGCCGGCAGUUCGACAAGGACGGCAACAUGAUGCAGUGGUGGAACAACGCUACGGUGCGCGCCUUCCGCGAGCGCGCGCAGUGCAUCAUCGACCAGUACUCGCGCUACAAGCUGGACGAGGUGGGCCUCUUCGUCAACGGCCGCAUGACGCAGGGCGAGAACAUCGCCGACAACGGCGGCCUCAAGCAGUCCUUCCGGGCUUAUCGCAAGUGGGUGUCGCGGCACGGCGAGGAGCCGCUGCUGCCCGGCAUCAACCUGACCCACGACCAGCUGUUCUUCCUCAACUACGCGCAGAUCUGGUGCGGCUCGAUGCGGCCCGAGGACGCGCUCACCAAGAUCCGCUCGUCGGUGCACUCGCCGGGCCCGGUGCGCGUGCUGGGGCCACUGAGCAACUCGUGGGACUUCGCUCGCGCCUACCACUGCCCGCCCGGGUCUCCCAUGAACCCCACCAACAAGUGCUCCGUCUGGUAGGCGCAGUUCCUGCUCACCUGCCGCAUCAACUGUGUGCGCUGCUCACGCCGAACAGCUUUCAGUUCACCGGAGCCACACGUGUACCUGAAAUCAGGGUGGACUAAUAGGACGCCUCAACGCCCCUAACUUCCAGGAGUUCGCGCCCUACGUCUCUCUCCCCUCUCCCGCAAUAGCCCUUCCCACCCACGCUCUAUGAAUCUGCUAUGUGUGAGAGUUUCUGCGGUGACUUAUCCUUCUUCACUAUAAAAGUACCGUCUUUUAUGAAAUCACUGUAUUGUCUGCAGACUGUAAGGGAUAUGAUGUGCAACUAAUUCCGCAAAAAUUUCGGCAUACAAGCCAUCAACUUCUGAAGUGCCUUGGCACAGGUCUUAAUCUAAACUCGUGCCGUAAUACUACACAUAACCAUAGUUAAUGACAGUGCACAAGAUCAUCAAAUUUAGCAUUGGUGUGACCUUGCGUAAACUUCAAACCAUUUGGAAAUGUCGUUUAUGCAGAUUGUGGAAAGAAGUGGACAUUAUAAACAGAAUGGCGACCUCACUUACGGUGCAGUGUACGCCAUAAUUGAGGCUGGCUGAUUUCUGACAAUGUCACAGUCACCUAUAAUUGGGCACUAUUUACCUGCCAUUUUUUCAAGGCCCAACUACAGCAUUUCUGCCAUAUUGAAUGGGUCGUUACCCUAUUACCAGGAUUAUACCCAACCUGUGAUGUCAUCAUAAUGUGGCAGUAAUGCACACUAUAGUAUAAGUGAGAUUCAUGUACUCCUAGCAUAUCUCUUACUGACGUCUGCUGAAAAUGUUCUUAUUUCAUGAAUACAAUACAACAAACCUAAGGCGCCAACUGCAGUAAACAUAUGGAAAAAAUACUGUCUUUUAGAUGAGUGUUAUUAACAUUAUUUUACCAUAGCUGAAAGAGAGAGUACAUAAACAAAAGAACGCCUAUCCUAAUCUUGAAAUGUAAGAGAAGAUUCCUUUGUGGAGAAAUUUCCUAUUUGGGGAUAAACCGGGGUUUUUGCUAUAAAAAUUACACCAGCAAGUUUCACAAAGGACAGGAAAGCUGCAAAAGGUGUCAUGUUAACAACAUACUUACUCCAAUCCUAUUCCACCGACAAAAGGUAACCAAUACUUUUUUUAAUCGACGUGGAUACAGUUCAGUUCCAUUUCUAGGUGUUCU